ACGAGAUUAAGAAAGAGAGAAACGUAGGAUCCCCGGAUACACUCUCACACUCUCACUCAUGGACGCUCUCGCACUCUUCUGCACAGGAGCUCUCAUAGCCGGUGGCAUCUACUGGUUCGUUUGCAUUCUCGGUCCAGCCGAGCAGAAGGGAAAACGGGCUGUAGAUCUCUCCGGUGGCUCCAUCUCAGCCGAGAAAGUCCAAGAUAACUACAAACAAUACUGGUCUUUUUUCCGCCGCCCCAAAGAGAUCGAAACAGCCGAAAAAGUCCCUGAUUUCGUCGACACAUUCUACAAUCUAGUCACCGAUAUUUACGAGUGGGGAUGGGGCCAGUCCUUCCAUUUCUCUCCUUCCAUCCCUGGAAAGUCCCACCUUGAAGCCACGCGCCUUCACGAGGAGAUGGCCGUGGAUCUGAUUAAUGUCAAGCCUGGAGAUCGAAUCCUGGAUGUUGGAUGCGGCGUCGGUGGUCCUAUGCGUGCUAUCGCUGCUCAUUCACGCGCUAAGGUGGUCGGUAUCACAAUCAACGAUUAUCAAGUGAAUCGUGCGCGUAUGCACAACAAGAAAGCUGGGUUAGAUUCACUUUGUGAAGUUGUUCAAGGGAAUUUCCUUGAGAUGCCGUUUCCGAGGAACCACAUUGUUGUAACAAUACUUUCUGCUUUGGGGAUUGCUCCCAAAGGGACUGUCGAUGUUCACGAGAUGCUGUUCAAGACAGCUGAUUAUCUUACAAAGGGUGGUGAUACUGGGAUUUUCACUCCUAUGCACAUGAUUCUCUGCAGAAAACCUGAGAAGAAGACAGAAGAAACCUCAAAUUCUUAGUCUCUAGUCUGAUUGGGUAAUAAUCAAAGAUUCCCUGGUAUUUUUAUGUUUCAGCAACUCAUGUUCUACCUCCUUUGUGACUUUCUAGUUCUUUUUUCCUCUUCAUUUUAGGGUUUCCCCCCCCCUAGUUAAAUCCUCUUAUCUUCGUAUUUUUGUUCUUAAAUUUCGUGGCUGGAUCUUUGUUUUUUUUCUACUGUUAUUAUGGCGACGGUGAAGAAUCCAAAGGUCAAGAUUAUUGUUAUCUAGAUUUUCAUUAUUUUUUUAUCAUUCA